GCGGUUCAUUUCGAAAAUAAACUUGGCGGCGUGCGGUUCUUGCGCUCUGCGUUCGCGUUCGUGUCGUGCAUGUGUAAUUCAUAGAGAAAAGUCUUGCGCCGACGCGAUACACACACUUGAUACCGUGUAUUGUUUUGUUUUUUUUUUUAAGUGCUUAGGGCACCGUUAAUUAGUUGAUGCAGAUGCUCAUGAAAUAAUAAAGUGAUGCCGCGUCACAGUAAAAACCCUUGUAGGCGAACUGUCGCUGGCGACGUAAGCAGUGGAAAGAAAACGAAAACAAGCGUCUAGAGUUGUCGUUACGCCUUUUUUUAUGUAAGAUCGCGUGCACAGGUGCUUAAUCCCUACACUGAAAAAAGUGAUUGCAGCUGCGGGGAGAGAGUGGAAGUGACUGUGAGUGGAGUUUAUACUAAUUACUACUGGCCGUGCACAAAACACUAAUUUACACGCAAGCACAUACACAUACACAUACACACUGAGACUUUCGUCGGAUUCGUAUUCGUUUUUGUGUACAUUUUGUUGUCUUGCGUUCCACGUAUAUAUUUGUUGUUGCCUGUAUGUUUAAACUCAUUGCCUCUACAUAUGUGUGUGUUUUGUGUUUUUUAAUGUACACUACAUCAAAAGGAAAACAAGCAUAGUCUAAAAAGAAAGCGCGAUGCCAAUAAAAACGACAACAAGUAUUUUCGCCGCCGCUGAAAACAGAACACCACCGCCGACGCAUGCAUACCUUUAAUUUAUUACACAUAUUGUUUUUAUUUUAAAUAAUGGAUCGUCGUGCAUUGAAGUUUAUGCAAAAAAGAGCGGAAACUGAAAGAGACACCACCACACCAUUGAGCACCACAGCCACCCAGGGGAUACCAGCAUCGGGCAUUGCAACAAGCGGCACUCUUCCCCUGAAGGACAACUCCAACAUCCGCGAGAAGCCGCUGCAUCACAGCCACAACCACAACAACAACAACAACAACAGCUCCCAGCAGCAUCCUCACCAGCAGCAACCACAGCAGCAGGCCGGCGGCAAGCAGCUCGAGCGGCCACUGAAGUGCCUGGAAACGCUCGCCCAGAAGGCGGGCAUCACCUUCGACGAGAAAUACGAUGUGGCCAGUCCCCCCCAUCCCGGCAUUACUCAGCAGCAGGCGACUCCAGGCUCAGGAACGGGAUCAGGAACGGGAUCAGGAACGGGAUCGGGAUCAGGCACAGUCACACCCACAAGCCACCGCCACGGAACUCCGCCCACUGCUCGCAGGAACACCCCAUCCACCCCGUGCAGGCCAAGUGCACCUAGCACCCCCAGCACACCGAACUCCUCGAACCCAAACCCAAUCCCAAGCCAGAACUCCAUCUCCAACGUCCUCGCCCGCCACACCAGCCUCACGCUGGAGAAGGCGCAGAAUCCCGGCCAGCAGGUGGCGGCCACCGCCACGGUGCCGCUGCAGAUCUCCCAGGAGCAGCUGCAGCAGUUCUACGCCAGUCCGUACGGCAUCCAGGUGAAACAGGAGUUCCCCACGCACACGGCUGCCGGAGGAGGAGCCGAGCUAAAGCAUGCCACCAACCUCCUGGAUGUGCAGCAGCAGCUGCAGCUGCAACAGCAGCUAUCCGAGGCGAGUGGCGGAGGCGCAGCCCCGGGCGCCUCCGGCGGAGCACCUAGUCCGGCCAACUCGCAGCAGAGCCAGCAGCAGCAGCACUCCACCGCCAUCAGCACCAUGUCGCCAAUGCAGUUGGCGGCGGCCACCAGCGGAGUGGGCGGGGACUGGACGCAGGGCAGGACGGUGCAGCUGAUGCAGCCGUCGGCCGGCUUCUUGUACCCGCAGAUGAUCGUGUCGGGCAACCUGCUGCACCCAGGCGGCCUGGGCCAGCCGCCCAUCCAGGUGAUCACAGCCGGCAAGCCCUUCCAGGGCAAUGGCCCCCAGAUGCUCACCACCACGACGCAGAACGCCAAGCAGAUGAUCGGGAGCCAGGCGGGGUUCGCCAGCGGCAACUACACAACCUGCAUUCCGUCUAACCAACACCAGUCGCCCCAGACACUGCUCAUCUCGCCGGUGAACGUCAUCUCGCACUCGCCGCAGCAGCAGCAGAACCUGCUGCAGUCGAUGGCCGCCGCCGCCCAGCAGCAGCAGCUGACCCAGCAGCAACAGCAGCAGCUCACGCAGCAGCAGCAGCAGCUCACUCAGCAGCAACAGCAGCAGCAGCAGCAGCUGACAGCUGCGCUGGCGAAGGUGGGGGUGGACGCGCAGGGCAAGCUGGCCCAGAAAGUGGUCCAGAAGGUGACCACCACCAGCAGCACUGUGCAGGCGGCCUCGGGACCAGGAUCCGCUGGGGCGGCUCAGGCCCAGCAGGUGCAGCAGGUCCAGCAGCAGCAGCAGCAGACCACCCAGACCACUCAGCAAUGUGUCCAGGUCUCGCAGUCGACGUUGCCAGUGGGAGCAGUGGGAGUGGGCGCCCAGUCCGUCCAAACGGCCCAGCUCCUGAAUGCCGGACAGGCGCAGCAAAUGCAGAUCCCCUGGUUCUGGCAGAACGCAGGUGGCCUCCAGCCCUUCGGCUCGAACCAGAUCAUCCUGCGCAACCAGCCGGACGGGACACAGGGCAUGUUCAUCCAACAGCAGCCAACCACGCAGACCCUGCAGACGCAGCAAAAUCAGAUCAUCCAGUGCAAUGUGACCCAAACGCCCACCAAGGCCCGCACCCAACUGGAUGCACUGGCUCCCAAGCAGCAACAGCAGCAGCCGCAGCAGACGGGGAGCACCAACCAGACGCAGCAGCAGCAGCAACAGCAGCAACAGCUGGCCGUGGCCACCGCCCAGUUGCAGCAGCAACAGCUCACGGCAGCAGCUCUGCAGCGACCAGGAGCCCCGAUGAUGCCCCACAACGGCACCCAGGUGCGUCCGGCCAGCUCCGUGUCCACACAGACGGCCCAGAACCAGAGUCUGCUCAAGGCCAAGAUGCGCAACAAGCAGCAGCCGGUGCGCCCCGCUCUGCCAACCCUGAAAACCGAGAAUGGCCAGGUGGCGGGUCAGAACAAGGUAGUGGGUCACCUGACCACAGUGCAGCAGCAGCAGCAGGCGACGAAUCUCCAGCAGGUGGUCAAUGCGGCGGGCAACAAAAUGGUUGUGAUGAGCACGACGGGCACGCCCAUCACCCUCCAGAACGGGCAGACCCUCCAUGCGGCGGGAGUGGAUAAACAGCAGCAGCAGCUGCAGCUGAUCCAGAAGCAGCAAAUCCUACAGCAACAAAUGUUCCAGCAGCAGAUUGCUGCCAUCCAGAUGCAGCAGCAGGCGGCAGCCCAGGCCCAACAGCAGCAGCAGCAGCAAGUGACCCAGCAGCAGCAGCAGCAAGUGAACGCCCAGCAGCAGCAACAGGCGCAACAACAGCAACAGCAAAGGGAGCAGCAGCAGCAGCAACAGCAAGUAGCCCAGGCGCAAGUGCAGCACCAGCAGCAGCAGCAGGCGCUGGCCAACGCCACUCAGCAGAUCCUGCAGGGGGCGCCCAACCCCUUCAUCACGUCCCACCAGCAGCAGCAGCAGCAGCUCCAGCACCAGCUGAUCCAGCAGCAGCUGCAACAACAGGCGCAGGCGCAGGUGCAAGCCCAGGUCCAGGCGCAGGCGCAGCAGCAGCAACAGCAGCGCGAGCAGCAGCAGAACAUCAUCCAGCAGAUUGUGGUGCAGUCGGGCGGGACGACCGCCCAGCAGCAGCAGGCUCAGCAGCAAUCCGGACAGCUGCAGCUGAGUAGCGUGCCAUUUUCGGUGUCUUCGGUGUCCACGACGACGCCAGCCGGGAUAGCCACUUCCAGUGCCCUGCAGGCUGCCCUCUCUGCCUCCGGCACCCUCUUCCAGACCCCCAAGUCCGCCAGCUCCUGCAGCUCCUCCCUGCCUACCAGCGGAGUGGUCACAAUUACGAACCAGAGCAGCACUCCGCUGGUCACCAGCAGCACUGUGGCCACUCUGCAGCAGGCGCAGGCACAGGCCCAAGCUCAGCUGCAUCAGCAGCAGCAGCAGCAGCUGAUCACCGCCACCUUAGCCGCCGCCACUCAACAGCAGCAGCAGCAGGGGCCACCUUCACUCACCCCGACCACGCCCUCGCCCUCCACCAAUCCCAUCCUGGCCAUGACCUCGAUGAUGAACGCCACGGUGGGUCACCUGGCCACUGCUCCGCCCGUGACUGUGUCUGUGACCAGCACCGCAGUCACUCCGUCGCCGGGUCAGCUGGUCACGCUCAGCAGUGCCAGCAGCGUAGGAGGAGGAGGAGGAGUGGGAGUGGGAGGCUUCCCUGCCACGCCCUCCAAGGAAACACCUCCGAAGGGGCCGACUGCCACCCUGGUGCCCAUUGACUCGCCCAUGACGCCAGUAGCAGCACACGACUCCUGCAGCACGGCCAAGUCCUCCACUCCCGCCACCGCCAGUGCGUCCAGCAGCUCAGUGGAGGCCAGCAGCUCCACGAGCGAUGCUCUGCCCAACGGAGAGGCGACGGACCGGGCCUCCACGCCCUCGAAGGUCGCCGUCACUCCGACGAGCAAGCAGAGCAGCGCGGUGCAGCCGACCAGCAGCACCAACAGCACUCCCAACAGUGCUGCUGGCAAGGAGGAGCCCAAGGGUCUCCAGUCAGUCUCCGCCAGUUGCACGUCCGCAGCAGCGACGCCAACCACGACAACGGUUAGCGGGAUCAACGGGAUUGGCCAAGGGAUUGGGACCAAGACGACAGCGAGCACCACCGUAACGACCGGCACCACCGCUAACACGACUACCGCGACCUGCAGCAGCACUUCGUCCACGACCAGCAGCAUCACGACCACCAGCACCACCACUACGACGACGAGCAACAACGGGGCCAAGGAUCUGCCCAAGGCGAUGAUCAAGCCGAAUGUCCUCACCCACGUCAUAGACGGCUUCAUCAUCCAGGAGGCCAACGAGCCUUUCCCCGUCACCAGGCAGCGAUAUGCGGACAAGGACAGCGAUGAGCCGCCGAAGAAAAAGGCGGCCAUGCAGAUGCAGGAGGACCUCAAGCCGGGUGGAAUGGCGUCGGCUCCAGCCUCGGACAUGGUUGCGUGCGACCAGUGCGGGAAACUGGAGCACAAGGCGAAGCUCAAGAGGAAGCGCUACUGCUCGCCGGCUUGUGCCAGGCAGGCGAAGAACGGAAUCGGAGGGGAAGCAGGGGAGACCAACGGCCUGGGGACGGGCGGAAUCGUUGGCGUGGACGCCAUGGCGCUGGUGGACAAGCUGGACGAAGCCAUGGCCGAGGAGAAGAUGCAGACGGAAGCCCUGCAGGCGAUGUCCGAAGGAAAUGCCACUCCCGCUCAGCUGGCACCCACUGAGGUGGCUCCCAUGCCACUGCCUGUGCUGGCGGCCAUUCCAGUCGCUCCGUGUGCGCUGCCUCUGGCAUUGCCGCUUCCGAUCUCCGCGAUCUCUGGGAUCCCUGCCCCUGCAGCUGCUGCUCCUGCGGUGGCGGCCACGUCCUCGAGUGUCAACGGAACAGACCGUCCGCCCAUCAGCGGCUGGAGUGUGGAGGAGGUCAGCAACUUCAUCCGGGAGCUGCCUGGGUGCCAGGACUACGUGGACGACUUCGUCCAGCAGGAGAUCGACGGCCAGGCGCUGCUGCUGCUCAAGGAGAACCACCUGGUGAACGCCAUGGGCAUGAAGUUGGGCCCAGCCCUCAAGAUCGUGGCCAAGGUGGAGUCCAUGAAGGAGGUUCCGCCGCCCGGAGAGCCCAAGGACGCCGGAGCGCAGUAGCAGCAGCUGGAGCGCGAAGAGCCGCAGAAGAUGAUCUCCUAACCGAUCACUGGACCUGGUCCAACCACGGCCACCACGCCGGGGGAAUCUGAUUCAAUCGGGUUCAGUUGUAAAGCCGCCAUCCGCACCAGGCCAGUGGAGUGUACAUACUUUCAGAUAGUUCGCUUUUAAGCACCCAAACAAAGAUUUAAUUGGAAAUAAGAAGCCCCAAAGUCAGAUGCGAGUGGAGUUAGUACGGCUGCAAUGUUUUAAUUGGGCUGCCAGCGAAUGUUAUAAACGGAAAGAUACAGUUAGGCUAAGUUUAGAGUGUAACUAGUAUUUUAAAACUCUUACAUAAUAAAUAGUUUUAGCCAGUAUUUGCCAAUAAGAAUACGCAGUAAAUUAUAACUUUUUCUAACAAUUUUUGUAGUGCCAGACUUAAGCUUAUUUUUUCAAAAUUUUUUUUUGCUAUUGCUAAACAUUCAAAAUUCAAUGUUUAGUGUUUAAUAAAAGUGGAAACAAA